GCAGAUUGCGAAUUGAAUACGAAAGUAAAGCCAGGAGUGGGUUUCCUAUGCAUUUGUCAUUAACUACAGAUAUCACAUCGGGAUUCGAGCAAUUUCAAAUUCUCUUACACGUCUUAAAGUUAAGAGAGAUCAAAACUAGAGCAAUUGCUGCAAGAAAAUGCAAGAAAUUGAAGUAAUUCACUCAUGGUCGGCUCCCAGAUCACUCAGCACCAGUCUCAUGUACUCUUUUGCUCAGAGGGAUGACAUGGAAGUUAUUGAUGAACCACUCUACGCAAAUUUUUUACGUGCUACAGGAAUUGAAAGGCCCUACCGAGAUGAGCUUCUGUCUAAAAUGGAAUCUGAUGGAAAUAAAGUUGUGAAAGAUGUUAUAUAUGGACCAGGAGAAAAGAAGUAUCGAUUUUGCAAGCAUAUUGCGAAGCAACGUUUACCUGGUCUAACCGAUGAUCUGGUGAAGAAGGGAAAGCACUUCAUAUUAAUAAGAAAUCCCCUUGAUAUCUUGCCAUCCUUUAAAAAGGUUGUGCCGCCGAGUUUUUUUGAAUUAGGGUUGUCAUCCUUGGUCUCCAUAUACACCGAACUCUGUGAAGCUGGGAAUCCCCCAGCGAUAAUUGAUUCUGCAGAACUUCAAGAAGAUCCCGAGGCUGCUCUACGUGGUCUAUGUGAGGAUAUGGAUAUUCCCUUUCAAGCUGAAAUGCUAAAAUGGGAAGCUGGUCCAAAAUCAGCAGAUGGCAUGUGGGCACCCUGGUGGUAUAGAAGUGUACACAAGUCAACAUGUUUUCAAGCAGCAAAUAAGUAUCCUUCGCCAUUUCCUUCAUCUCUCUAUGAAUUGCUGGAGCAAAGUUUACCAUUCUAUAACAUGCUUAGACAAAAAGCAAGACGAAAAUGUUCCACUACAUCUCGUCUGCCUCAGCCCGAUCUUCCUGUUCCUGCUAAUAAAAAGUUGCUUUGCUGGGUUGGCGAUGAAAUUUUACCCCGUGACAGUGCAAAGGUAUCCGUGUUUGACUCAGUUGUUCAAGGUGGUGAUUCUGUUUGGGAAGGCCUUAGAAUCUACAAAGGAAGAAUAUUUAAGCUUGAGGAACAUUUGGACAGGAUGUUUGACUCUGCAAAAGCCCUAGCCUUUAAAAACUUACCAACUCGUGAAGAGGUUAAAGAGGCCAUUUUCAAAACUCUGAUUAGAAACGGGAUGUUUGAUAAUGCACACAUCCGAUUAAGUCUGACGCGUGGCAAAAAGGUUACAUCUGGAAUGAGCCCGGGGUUUAAUCUUUACGGCUGCACCUUAAUUGUUCUUGCUGAGUGGAAGCCACCAGUUUAUGACAAUACAAGGGGUAUUACUCUAGUGACUGCAACGACUAGGCGAAAUUCACCAAAUAAUUUGGAUUCAAAAAUUCACCACAACAACCUUUUGAACAACAUCCUUGCAAAGAUAGAAGGGAAUAACGCAAAGGCUGAUGAUGCUAUCAUGCUUGAUAAGGAUGGUUAUGUGUCUGAAACAAAUGCUACAAAUAUUCCUGGAUGGUUGAGAAUCGUUUAUACUCCACUCGUGAUGCAGUUUUUGGUAAAGAAAGGCCGGGUUUUAACUCCUCAUGCUGAUUACUGUCUUCCUGGUAUCACUCGAGCAACUGUUAUGGAACUCGUGGAGAAGGAAAAGUUUGUCUUGGAAGAGCGAAGAAUUAGCCUAUCAGAGUUCCACACUGCAGAUGAGGUGUGGACCACUGGCACAAUGGGAGAACUUAGCCCUGUAGUUGAGAUUGAUGGGCGCAUUAUUGGUGCUGGUUUUGUCGGACCGGUAACAAAGAGAUUGCAAAAUGCUUAUAGAGAUUUAGCAUCGGAUUUAGGAGUGCCUAUUCCUACAUAUCAGGAGACUUGAAGGGACUAGCCGUUUGUUUUUGAAUCUUCUCAAGAACGACUAGCGUAAAUGUGAGGCAUUGAUGGAGAAUGUGAAGUCAUGGGAGUGAAGAACUGGACCCAAGUUUUCAGUCACUUGAACGUCAAGAUUGUCAAUAAGUUCACUAGUCAACAAUCACCAACAAUUUAAUAUUUUAAAACAAUUCAGAAUUGACUGUCAAAAAAAAAACUAAUUUAGAAUUGUUCCGUAUAUUUACCUCAAAAAAUUUAUGCUUAGCAAUAAAUUAUAUUGAUACUCAA